CGAUGACUUUGGCCUACGAUGUCGCUCGCGGCGCCUGCGCCGCGAUAUGGCUCGUCCUCCACAUGUUCGUCCUGUUCGUCUACCAGACUGCCACAUGCACUCUGCGUCCAUUCAGCCGGGCCCACUUUCGGCGUGCGAUCGGGAGAUGUUUUGCCAUGUACAUGGAGAUCAUAGCGUGCUGCUUCCAUCCAUGCGAUCUUGUGGUGUCAGGGAACGUGCCCACAGAUACAUCAAAACCCAUGAUUAUCCUUGCCAACCAUCAAGUGGAUGCCGAUUGGUGGUAUAUCUGCGAACUGUUGCGAGCACAUGGCGGAGCGGGCAACGUGAAGAUCGCCAUGAAACACACACUGCGAUCGCUGCCUGUGUUGGGGACCGGCAUGUCGAUGCUGGACUUUCUCUUCUUGCGUCGAGACAUCAAGGUCGACCGCGUGACCAUUCAGGCGUAUAUGCAGAGCUUUGUGCAAGACAACUUUCCGUUCUGGCUGGUCUUGUUCCCCGAAGGCACGACAAUCUUCACCGAGUCCGUGCUCAAGUCGCACGAGUUUGCCACCGCCCAGCACCGCCCCGUGCUGCACCGCGUCAUGUUGCCGCGGUCCACGGGUCUCAAGCUCAUGCUGGACGCGUUCAAGGACAGCCCCGUGCAGCCCACCAUUUUGGACGUGACGAUGGCGUUUCCGUCCUACUCGGGCGAAGUGCCUACGUACGAAAUGGGGUACGACCGCCAUGUGGACGUGGACUUGCCGUCCAUGAAGAAGCUCUUGAUGGGUCAUGGCCCGUCCAAAGUGCACUUUCACUGCCGUCACUUCUCCAUGGCAGAUGUCGGCGACGACGUCCAAGCGUUUCUGGACGCGUUGUGGGUCGACAAGGAAGCCCUUCUCAACGAGUUUAUUCAGCACCAGGGCUUUGAGUCCAAGCAACACUCUACGCGUGUACUCCGGCCCACGGCGUCGUGGCAAGCGGUGGGUCGGUUGUGGCUCGCCGGGGGGGUGUCCAUCUGCUUCUGGCCGAUGCUACUUCCAUGCUACGUACUGGGCACCGUGGUUCGAAGUGCUUUUAGCGGUACCAAGGUCGUGCCACAGUCGAUGGCGGCUUAUUAGUGCGCACAAGGACGUCCAGUCUGCGUGCUCCGACUGCAUUGUUAGCAUGUAACUGAAUGAAUACUAAGGUCAAGAAUGAGUUUACACUGAGAUCGGGUCGCUCUGAUGUUGGGGCCACUUGCAGGUCGCCCUGCAAGCAAGGCGUUAACA